AUGGUCGCCGGGUUGUGCUUCCUUGCAGUGCGGAGGGUCGAGGUGGAGGCCGGGUUCUGCUUCCUUACGGUGCGCGCGGUCGAGGUGAUAGUUAAGAAGAACAUAGUAUGUGAUGGUCCAAUUAGGAAGAAAUAUAAGUCGACAAUGCUGCUGAUUGGUGGCACUGAUAGUCCCAACGCCUUUGCUCUUGGAUCAUUAUUCAAGCUUAUUUUUUCCUACAACAAGAAAGAGGAUGUUGAAGGAGGUAUUGCAACUAGAAAGACAAUAUGA